CUACAUGCGCCUGCCGGCUAUAGCCUCCACUGGGGUCGCUGCCAUCUUGACGGCCCUUCUCUACUUCAAGCAAAAGGCUUUGAUCUAUCCGUCACACAUCCCGUCAAAUGCGCGCACCGAUGUUCCCCGCCCGAGUCAAUUCAAUUUCAGAGACUACGAGGAGCUCAUCAUCCCGACCAAUGACGGCGAGAAGCUGUCGGCCUUCUACAUCCGCGGUCCGCGCGGCGGGCCCAACUCCAAGGUGACGGUGCUCAUGUUCCACGGCAACGCCGGCAACAUUGGCCACCGCCUGCCCAUCGCGCGCAUGCUGAUCGCCGCCGCCGGCUGCAACGUCUUCAUGCUCGAGUACCGCGGCUACGGCAUCUCGACAGGCCAGGCUGACGAGUCCGGGCUCAACAUCGAUGCACAGACGGCCCUCGACUACCUCCGUGACCGCGCAGAGACGCGCGACCACAGCAUUGUCGUGUACGGCCAGAGCCUGGGCGGCGCCGUCGGCAUCCGCCUGGUGGCCAAGAACCAGGGCGCGGGGGACAUUGCUGGCUUGAUCCUCGAGAACACCUUCCUCAGCAUGCGCAAGCUGAUACCCAGCAUCAUGCCGCCCGCAAAGUACCUGGCCUAUCUAUGCCACCAGGUCUGGCCCAGCGAUAGCCUCAUCCCCAGCAUCAAGGUGCCCAUCCUCUUUCUGAGCGGGCUCCAAGACGAGAUCGUGCCACCGGUCCACAUGAAACGUCUAUACGACUUGUCCAAAGCCCCGGUCAAGAUCUGGAAGCCCCUCCCCGGGGGCGACCACAACUCGAGCGUGAUCGAAGAGGGCUACUUUGAGGCCAUUGCCGAUUUUAUGAACAAAAUCGUGGCCGACAAGGCUAAAGAAAUGAAGAACUAAGCAGCCCCCAGAUAAGGGGCUGUAUUGUACAGACACCGGAUGAAGGUGGCAUUGUACCGGACGGGACUACGGAGACGGGGAUUGGCGCCAAGGAUGAGACAAAAGGCUCGAAGCGGCGGCUCGGUCUUGGUGUAUCAUGCUUUUCUCGUUUUGGUUUUCUUUCCCUCCCUCCAUGGUAUGUAUAUACGUAUGUACAGUACAUUGAUACCCGACCUGUGUUAAGACAGGUUUAUAUACUAGGAUAAACAGGACAAGAAUACGCACGGCAAUAGAUUGCAAUUGCGAUCCGCCA